AUGACCGACGAAGAAAGAACGGGAGAGAUUAGCAAGGAGAUCGAGGCUACGGGUACGGAGGAGGACUUCGGAUUCGGAAAUGAGCUUUUUAAAGACCUUAAAAGAAGACGGACUACCGGCAAUUAUAUCGGUAACCUUUUACCGAUCAGACUAUUAACUAAGCAAAGCACGCUUGCGUACGGUACUUUAAGCGCUCUUAACGAUAAUAAAGACGAUUUCCUUAAGCUAAAAGCAGCAGACCUUCACUUAAGAGCGAAGGAAUUAGCCUUAUUCGCGCGAAGCUUUCUUAAGGAGCUAAAUUUGAAAGAUGAUCGGAGCUUUGCUAAGACUACGAUUGCACGAAUGAACUUUGCUUUUACUUUUACCGCCGCAGUUGCCGAUAUUCGCAAAGCUAUUGCGUUUGCAAUUAAAACCUCUCGACCUUUCGCUAAAGCUAAAGCUUACGCGAGCUUUAGCGAGCUACACGAUCACACUUGCUUUUAUAACACUUUAAAAGCUGAUUCCGAUUUAGACGAAGAAUACGAAUGCUUUAUUUAA